GAUUUCGAGGAGCGGUAUGAGCAGGGCCUACGUGGCGGCAUCGCAGCCACGGAUGGUACUUCUUCCACGUCCGACGUGGGAGCAUCGACGACGGUGGACAGCACAGUUUCGACAGCCCGAAACCCUCAAGGCUCCAGGCAGCAAGCAGCGUCGCAGGGGCCGCAGACUCAUCUGCAGUCCCACUUACCUGCCUCACGAGAAGCCUCUGUGCGCAAGGCUCUGCCCAUGUAUCCAACAGUGGAGCUGAGGGAGCUGGCGGAGGCGGUGGGGCGGGACAUCAUGCGUGGCAAUCCCGAGGUGACGUGGAGCAGUGUCAAGGGGCUGGGCGGCGCCAAACAGCUGCUCAAGGAGGCCGUCGUCAUGCCCAUCAAGUACCCGCAGUACUUCACGGGUCUGCUCGCCCCAUGGAAGGGCAUUCUGCUCUUUGGCCCUCCUGGAACAGGCAAGACAAUGCUGGCCAAGGCGGUGGCAACGGAGUGUCGCACCACCUUCUUCAACGUCUCUGCCUCCACGCUUGUCAGCAAGUGGCGAGGUGAUUCCGAGAAGCUCGUGCGGAUGCUGUUUGACGUGGCACGCGCCCUGGCCCCCUCCACCAUCUUCCUGGACGAGGUGGACGCUCUCAUCAGCCACCGGGGAGGUGGGACAGGCGAGCACGAGGCCAGCAGGCGGCUCAAGACAGAGCUGCUUGUGCAGAUGGACGGGUUGAGCAGCUCGUCCGACCUGGUGUUUGUGCUGGCCGCCACCAACCUGCCGUGGGAGCUCGACACUGCCAUGCUGCGCCGCCUCGAGAAGCGCAUCCUAGUACCUCUACCAGACUCUGACGCCCGCAGAGCCAUUCUCUCCUCGCUGCUGCCACGGCCGCACAAGGCUGCACGGACGGGCACUGGCCUGCACAUACAGGCGCCCACCACGCACAUACAGGCGCCCACCACGCACAUACAGGCGCCCACCACGCACAUACAGGCACCCACCACGCACAUACAGGCGCCCACCACGCACAUACAGGCGCCCACCACGCACACAGAUGCUCACAGCGUGGGGAACGAUGGCGGUGCAGAUGUGUGUAAGGAUGGUUCCGCGGAAAACGAGGGUGGAGGAGCAACUGCCGGUCGUGAAUGUGUGGGGGUGAAGUGGAGAGGGGCUAAUGGGGUGGUGGCGGUGCAAGCUAAUGGCUGCUCUGAUAUGCCUCAGAAUGCGAUGGGGGCACGGGGGAUUGAUUGCAGCUGGUGCGUGGUUGCUCAGUGCAAGGAAAUUGAGGAGCAUGGGAUAGGGGACGGCGAUGGGGGGUGUGGCGGAGAGAGGAGGAGAGAGGAUCAGGGCGUGAGGGAGGAUGAGAACCAGAGGGAGGAAGCGGGGAGCAAGGAGGAAGGAGAGGGGGCAAGGGAAAAGGCGAGAAAGGAGGAAGGGAGGAGACGGGAGAAGCAAUGGGAGGAGGAGGUCGACUUAGAGGGUGUGGUGGCGGCAACGGAAGGGUAUUCAGGUGCUGACAUGCGGCUGCUGUGCAAGGAGGCAAGCGAGGAGGCAAGCGAGGAGGAGUGGGAGAAUGAGAUUGGAUUGGAAGGUGUGGUGGCGGCAACGGAGGGGUAUUCAGGUGCUGACAUGCGGCUGCUGUGCAAGGAAGCUGCCAUGCGGCCCCUGCGCCGCCUCAUGGUCCUUAUUGAUGGGGCGGAGAGGGUAGUAAAAGGGGAGAGUGGAGAGAGGGGGGAGAGGGGGGAGGAGGGGAAGAUGGGGACUCGAGAGGAAGGGGAGAUGGUGGAUAGAGGGGCGACUGGGGAGCGGGGGGAGAGAGGGGAGAAAUGGGAGAAGGAGGGUAGGGAGGAAGUGACGGAGGAGGUGGUGAAGGGGGCAGAGGGUAAGGGUAAGCAAGCGGAGAGGGCUGAGCCGGAGCAUGUGCUUGUGCCUGUGCUUGGGCCGAUCACGCGGGACGACAUGCAGAUGGCGCUGCAUGUGACCAAGGCGCUGGGCAGGGUGCAUGCUGACAGACUGGUUCCGCACCGCAUUUCUCGCCGCAUCUGCCGUCCAAUACGCAUGGCUUCGCCUACUUGUCCCUCCCCUGCUUGCCACAUUCCCCGCGCCACCAACCUCUCUCUCUCAUCGUGCUCAUCCUUCCGCGCGUCCACAUUGGUGCCUGUUCCGCAAUCCGCGGCACCGCGAAUCCAACGACCGUCGCUGGCCGUUCGAUGCGCAUCUGACGGUGAGGAUGGGGACGGAGGGGGCGGGAGCAAGUCGCGGCUGGGAAGCAUCAUCCGCCGGAAACACGCUACGGUGCAGGUGGGCGCGACUGCAGCAGAUGGGGCAGGACGAGGUGAAUCGGCGUCUGGAGGGUGCAGUGCGUCUGCACCCGCCCGCACAUCCGUACCCCGUUCCUUCCACCUUCCUCCGGCCGACCCCUCCCCUUUCCCACAGGCGCGGCUGCAGCAGAUGGGGCAGGACGAGGUGAAUCGCCGCCUGGAGGGCGCAGUGCGUCUGCACCCGCCCGCACAUCCGUACCCCGUUCCUUCCACCUUCCCCCCUUCCUCCGGCCGACCCCUCCCCUUUCCCACAGGCGCGGCUGCAGCAGAUGGGGCAGGACGAGGUGAAUCGCCGCCUGGAGGGCGCAGUGCGUCUGCACCCGCCCGCACAUCCGCGCGGCUGCAGCAGAUGGGGCAGGACGAGGUGAACCGCCGUCUGGAGGGCGCAGUGCGUCUGCACCCGCCCGCGCAGCUCACAGACCUGCUGCUGCGCGGGGCCCCGGGCGCGGAGGGCGGGGGCGGCCUGGAGGGGCCAGCGGGGGCGGAGUGGGGGCGCACGACGCUGGUGGUGGAGGUGGCGCGCGCGCGCCCGUCCGAGUCCCCUGAGAGCCUUGCCAGGCGCUGCCAACAAUACGUUGCUCUUGGAGCGGACACGGUGAUGGUGUGCUGUGAUGAGGAGAUUUCCCCUGAUGGCCUUGCUGACGUCAGAGCUGUAUCCAGAGCCCUCCCUGGAGUGCCAGUCAUUGUAAAGGACUGGAUGCUACAUCCCAUUCAGGUGGCAGAAGCAGCGGAGGCAGGGGCAGCAGCUUUUCAUAUAGUGCACGGGGUUCUCAAUAAAGCCACGGCUCCAAUGCUCGCCUUUGCCUUUGGACUGGGAGUUGACGUGGCAGUAGAGGUGGUGAAUCUGGAGGAGCUGAAGCGACUGGAGCCGCUCGCCAUUCCCCUCUAUGGCCUCAACCUCUCUGUUGGGCUCGCUGUGUCAGCACCCGGGUUCAGGCAGAGCGUAGCCAGGUCGUUGCUCUCCUCCAUGCCCUUUGGUGCUGCUGCUCUCGUUGGCGCCUCAUCUGUGGAGGAUGUGCGGAUGAUGAAGGCAGCAGGUGCGACAGCAAUUGUGCUCAAAAGGGAGGUGUUUAAAGGGAUGGAGGGCGGUGGCACGGGGUUGGGAGAGAAGGAGGAGGAGAAGGCCUUGCAAGAACUGUUUGAGACGCUCAACUACAUCUUGACUGGCGAUGACUAA